AAAAAAGGUUUUCCUCCCUUGAAGGCCUAGGUCGUGCCUCGAGCCUAUGUCACUUCAAGAGGAGAAUGAGGAGUUGGAGGAGUUGCGUCAAGAGGUGGAAAAGUUGAGGGCUCAGGCGCGAAACCAUGACACCUUCGGCGCUGGUCCACCUCCGGGAAGCCGAGACCAUCGGCGCUUGCGAAAUGCGCAGACGCAAGAGCUGGAGGAUUUGACCAUGGAAAACAAUCAGAUGGCAGAGCGGUUGCAAGCCUUGCUGGAAGAGAAUGGAAGCCUCAAGAAGCAAGUGGAGCGGCAACAGCAAGAGAUCAAGAGUUUGGAGGCGACCGAUAAGAGCAAGGUGAUUGAAGAGGGCGGACAGAGUCCUCAGAAGAGCAAGCUCAAUUUGUUAAAGAGCAAGGUCUCGCUGAUGCAGAAACAAAUCAAGGAAGACAAUGCCCUGGGUAGCAUGCUGUCACAGGAGCGAAACCAGAGAGAAUCCGUGGAGAGGGCCAGGGACGACCUCACUGCACGGCUCAAGAGCACCGAAGUCGAGAUGGCACGACUCCAUGAUGAGCUUGCACAGGCCGAAAACCAGAACCGGGUCUAUGAGCAAGAGAACAAGGACCUCUCUGAGCGGAUCGAAGAGCUGCGGAUGAUCGCGGAGGCGGAGCGGCGUACCAGCUCGCAGAAGCAGGAAGAGCUCAACGAGCAACUGAUGAUGUUGCAAACACCCUCCAGUGAUGUGAACGAAGGUCACUUCAGCUUUGCCAUCCCCGAGCGUGCAAGUCUUCAGCUUGGACAGGAUUUGCUAAGCCAAUUGCAGACAGUUGAGGAUGAGGUGGAGGAUGAAACGCCGCCUGUCCUGGAUACUAGCAAGGCCAGCAAGACAUUGGCGUGCCUGGAUGAGUCUGGCACUGUGUCAGCUCCCAGCUCUCCAUCCUUGGUUUGCAAAGAGGAUGAGCCUGAAAACUCGGGGGACUCUCGAGAACGACUGGCUGAGUUACAAGGUGUGUGUCAACGACUCAAGGAGGAGCUUUCGAGUUGCAAGCAGGAAGUGACCAGUUACAAGGAGAAGGCAGCGGCAGACGCCAGACGAGAGAUUUCCUUGCGGGAGCAGCUUGAGGAAGCCAAAGCACAGUCUGACAAGUUAGGAUUGUUCAUCAAAGAAAUGGUGACACGUGAGCCUGAGAAGAUUGACUCGGCAGAGACCAGUGCUGAAGAUCCGAUUCCAUUGGAAGUGGAGGGGGGAAAAGCUGAAGCCGACUUCAAUCAGAGGUCAUCUUCGUCAGGUGUAAAGCUGUUGGGAGCAGAAGGACCAGACGUGGGGACUCCAAAGUCGGAGGCCUCUCGGUUGGCAGAACUCCAAGAGGAGUUGGAGAGGGCCCAGAAAACCUUGAAACUUUGGGCAGCUGAGAGGGAGCAAUCUUCCUGGUCCAAACUGAUCAACAGCUUUAUGUGCACAAGCCGCUAAGCCAACCAGCGUGACCAGCGCAUGUGUCAUGCGGGCCGUUCAGAUGUGUGGGAGCCAAUUCCGGAGGCCGAUAGGGGCCGCAGCAGGUGUGUCUCAACCUAAGGUUUGACCCACAUCCCGGCAUCCACAUGUUUCUUUUUUGUUUAUCAUUUUAAUCUUCCGUGCAUCCGCACCAAAGGUGCCAAAAGGACUUAGCACACGUGGAAUCGAAGGAGC